UACUGCGAGUUUGAAGAGAAGUUCUAAGUCGAGUAACAGGUAACCAUAAUACAUGUGGUUGUCUUGCUCUGUCUUCUAACAGUAACAGCUUGAGAUAGUACUCCCCAGGAAAUUUCUGUUACCUUCUGGCAGUGUUUCUACAACAUCUUGUUGGAGAAUGUCUUCGUGCCGUCCCUCUGUUCUCCUGGCAAUUGCUUUGCUAGCCUCAUUCUCUGCCAAUUGCCUUGCAUUUCGGGAGAAUUGGUGUUCCGAAGAAGUACAUGGUGGGAAGAGGACUGGUGGUGCUUUCCGUUCUUUCUUGCCGCAUGAUUGGAAGACUUGUGGUGACGGUAGUGCCGGAGACCCGCUAUUCCUUACACCACUCCUGAAGAAUGGCUCAAUCGCCGAGGCAGUGGAAUUGAGUGCUGUCCAUGGCGUUGGUGGUGUAACCAGUUAUUCGGGAUAUCUUACUGUCAACGAACAGUACAGCAGCAAUAUGUUCUUCUGGUUCUUUCCAGCCCAGGAGAACCCAGAGGAUGCUCCAGUCCUGAUGUGGCUGCAGGGUGGACCUGGUGCUACAUCUAUGUAUGGCUUGUUCGUAGAGCUUGGCCCGCUAAAGGCAACCGCCAGUGGAAACAUUGAGGAUAUGCCAAUAACGUGGAACAAGAAGUACUCACUGCUGUUUGUUGACAACCCAGUCGGAACUGGAUUCAGCUUCACCAGCAACGAUGCCGGAUAUGCCAAGAACCAGGACGAUGUUGCCAGGGAUCUCUACUCCGCACUGACGCAAUUCUUUUCCAUCUACACCAAAUUUGCCAAGAACGACUUUUAUGUUACCGGCGAGUCGUAUGCUGGUAAAUAUGUGCCCUCAAUCAGUGCCAAGAUUGUGGAGGAGAAUGCUCAGAAAGAAAAGCCACUCAUCAACUUCAAAGGAAUGGCAAUCGGUGAUGGACUGACGGAUCCGUUGAGCAUGAAUAAGUACUAUGCCAAUCUGAUGCUGCAGACCUCACUCAUUGACACCUUCCAGGCAUCGCAUGUGAGCGAGGUGGCGCAAAACAUGACGAAAGCGAUCCGUGCGCGUCAGUUUGUCAGUGCUUUUCACAUGUUUGACGACCUGCUGAACGGCGAUCUCAUCAAGUACCCGUCCUGGUACAAGAAUGUCACCGGUACCACUAACUACUUCAACAUUCUGAGGAGUACCUCACCUGCAGACUCGUCCUACUUUGUCACUGCACUAAACCGGGAUGAAGUGCGCAAGGCCAUUCAUGUGGGAAACCUACCCUUCCACAUGGGAAACACUGUUGAGAUUCACCUCCUGGCCGACGUGCAAGACUCCGCUUUGGAGCAGUUCUUGACCGUCCUGAAGAGCGACAAGAAUUACAAGGUCAUGGUGUACAAUGGCCAGUUGGACAUUAUCGUCGGCGUUCCUCUCACCGAAGGCAUGGUGUCUGAAAUGGACUGGGCUGGCAAAGAGAAGUUCUACAAUGCUGCUCGAAAGAUCUGGAAGGUCAACAGCACCGACGCCGAGGUGGCUGGUUACGUUAGGUCCGUCCUGAAUUUGAUGCAGGUGGUCGUGCGCGGUGCUGGUCACAUGGUUCCCCAUGACCAGCCAGUGCGUGCCUUGGACCUCAUCAGCCGCUUUGUCGAUGACUUUAAGCCAGAGUAGAAUGACAUUGCUGCCCAGAAGAUCAAGCAGUCUGCGGAGUGCUGUAUGCGCUUACUUAUGCAGCAUCUCAAAUCUCGAGCACAGGCUGACGAUUGGAUUUUCGGACAACAGUAACUACAUUUUUAUUGGUACGUCACUUUGUAUUGAGUGCUGGACAUUCUGAUUGUCCCUACGUUCCGCCUCAUCAUGAAACUAAUGAUCUUAGGCCACGGAGCGGAUGUUUGUGAUUUAAAUUCUGGUCGGGUGGCCGGGUCUGUUUUUCUCUUGAA